UCGCGAACGCCCAUGUUCCAGCCAACUCUGAAGCACUUUAUUCUCAGGCAGGAGGCAUUAAAUCUAUAUCGCUACGCUAUACGUGCAUCCAGAGCUAUCCCCAGCAGUCCAGCCAGAAAGGAAACUAUUGCUUGGAUCCGGGCAGAAUUUGAACGAAAUAGGUUCAUAUUCGAUGUGGACGUGAUUGAGCAAAAGCUUGCUUCCGGGCGACGCGAGAUCAGACAGUUUCUUCCGUCCCAGCCGUUACACUUGUAAACACUCGGAGUCACUUUAGGUAUCAUGAAUACUGGAGUGGCUCGAUGGCUGGCUCGAGUACAACACGCAGAGGACAAGGCUACCAAAACUAGCAUAUGUAGAGUGCUACUCGAACCAGCCAUCAGUUCGUAUUUGCAUGAUGUCAAUGCUCGUAUUAUGCUAGAUUUUCCGAAUCUUACCCCAG